AUGGCGACCAUCGUCCCCCCGCCGUCGAAACGGCAACGACGAGAGGACCUUGAAAAGUCAAGAGUCCAGCAAGAUGUUAACGCAGCAAUGGCGGGGCCGGAAGGCUCAUUCAAGGCCAGAUUCCUUGACGGUGACGGGAAUCAAGUCUGUGAUGUGAUUGAAGUGCCUCUUGCAGACGCUUCGGAAAAGAACCUCUCGCUUCUUUUGAACACUUUACUAUCAAGGGAACGAGAAGAAUAUUUGCCGUACCGAUUUCGAAUCCAUAUUCCAGACUCAGACAUUAUUGUCGACCAAUAUCCGACAGACCUACUCCAGCUCUUAAGGAGCCAUGGCAUCGAGAAUCCCUUCGAAACGACCGUUACGCUUACUGCUGAACCUCAAUCAGUCUUCAAGGUUCAUGCCGUGACGCGAAUGUCACAUAGAAUUCCCGGCCACGGAGAAGCGAUUUUGGCAGCCCAAUUCAGUCCCGCAACCAAUACUCGUCUUGCUACCGGCUCUGGCGACAAGACUGCUAGGAUAUGGGAUACGGAGACCGGAACACCAAAGUAUACCUUGUCUGGUCAUACGCAUUGGGUUCUUUGCGUUGCCUGGUCCCCUGACGGUAAGCGAUUAGCGACCGGAAGUAUGGACAAGUCCGUGAGACUUUGGGAUCCGGCCACAGGAAAGGCAGUGGGUAGCCCUCUUACUGGGCACGCCAAGUGGAUCACGAAUAUUGCUUGGGAGCCUUAUCAUCUGUGGAAAGAAGGCACACCAAGGUUAGCCAGUGCAAGCAAAGACGGAACUGUGAGAGUUUGGGUUGUGAAUACGGGAAGGACAGAACAUGUUCUCUCAGGACACAAAAGCUCGGUCAGCUGCGUGCGCUGGGGUGGAACCGGACUUAUUUACACGGGGAGUCAUGACAAGAUGGUCCGAGUUUGGGACGCUGCAAAGGGUACAUUAGUACACACGUUAUCCUCACACGCCCACUGGAUUAAUCAUUUGGCACUCUCAACCGAUUUUGCUUUAAGGACGGCCUACUUCGACCACACGCCUAUACCAGGUACUGACGAGGAGAAGCGCGCAAAGGCUAAAGAGCGAUUUGAGAAGGCAGCAAGAAUUCAAGGCCGGAUAUCAGAACGCCUAGUAUCCGCCAGCGACGACUUUACGAUGUAUUUGUGGGAACCUUCACAGGGAACAAAGCCCGUGGCCCGAAUGGUUGGCCACCAGAAGCAGAUUAACCACGUCACCUUCUCUCCAGACAACACCCUGAUAGCUAGCGCAGGGUGGGACAACCAUACAAAGAUUUGGAGCGCAAGAGAUGGCAAGUUCAUCAACACACUCCGAGGGCACGUCGCCACGGUCUACCAAUGUUCAUUUUCGGCCGAUUCUCGACUACUGGUUACGGCGUCCAAGGAUACGACUCUCAAGGUUUGGUCAAUGGCCUCGUUCAAACUAGCAGUCGACCUCCCCGGUCACAAUGAUGAAGUGUACGCUGUAGAUUGGGCACCAGAUGGCAAGCGUGUUGCCAGCGGAGGCAAGGACAAGGCGGUACGAUUAUGGGCUAACUAG